CUGUUGUAACAAGAGAGCCCCAUUGUCUACUACAUCAGUUUAUCUUCAAAUGCAGUUGUUUGGUGUUUUAUUAUUUAUUCUACCAUUCUGCCAAACUGCACCAAGUCUAGAAGUCUAUGGACUAGAUGCUGAGCCCCAUCAUGAAAACCAAAUCAACAUAAACUUUGGGGUCAAUUCUCCCCUUGGAGUGGAAAGAGCACAGCCGGCCCCUGCCAGACGCUACAUUGCAGAUUUUAGUCCCAACUUACCAAAAGAUACUCUAAUCAGACGUCUACCAGUAGUGGCAGGAACAAACAAGCAUAAGAAGGUGAUCAAGUUUGCCAAUAUUCUCCGGGAUAUCACGUCAGAUCCAGAGCUAACAAGAAAGCAAAAAAUAACUUUGUUUAAUAUUGCGAUGGACUUAAUUUCAGAAACAGGAGAAGUGGAGUUAGAUGAUAUCCUGUACACAUUAAAAACCAACCUUGGAGAGAAAGAUGAACAUGGAUAUGGAGAGCACAAAAAUAAGAAGGAAAAUGGUCAUAAGGAAACAAAUGAGAUGCCAGAGGAGAAAGCAGAAGACGACGAAGAAGAAGAAAUGUAUGAGGAUGAAGAUGGUGGAGAGGAAGGGGAAGAAGAAGGUGAAUAUGAAAAUGUUGAGGAGGAAGAAGACCAUGGAGAAGAAGAAGGAGAAGAGGAAGAAGAAAAAGGAGGUGUGGAAGAAGGAGAAAAAGAAGGAGAAGAGGAAGGCAUCGAAGAAGGGGAAGAUGAAGGAGAUGAAGAAGGAGAAGAAGUAGGAGAAAAAGAGGAAGGAGAGAAAGAGGAAGGAGAGAAAGAGGAAGGAGAGAAAGAGGGUGAAGAAGGAAAAGAGGAUGGAGACAAGGAGGAGGAAGCAGAAGAAGAAGGGGAAGAAGGAAAAGAUGAAGGAGAGAAUAAAGAGAAAGAAAACGCUAAAGUAGAAGGAGCAGUAGAAGAGAAAGAGAAAGAAAAUGCUGCAGAGGGAGAAGAAGAAGAAGUUGAGGAAGAAGAGGAAGAUAAAGAAAGUGAGGAUGAAGGUGAAGAAGAGGGUGAAGACAAAGAAGAGACAACAACUGCUGGAGGAGCAAAAGUAAGCACUGUGGCAGAUGGUAGCACUGUAGCAGAUGGUAGCACUGUGGCAGAUGGUAGCACUGUGACAGAUGGUAGCACUUUGGCAGACGGUAGCACUGUGGCAGAUGGUGGAACUGUGGCAGAUGUUGUUCUUGUGACAGAUGGUAGCACAGUGGCAGAUGCUAGCACUGUGGCAGAUGGUAGCACUGUAACAGAUAGCAGCACACAGGAAGAUAAAGAAAAUGAGGAUGAAGAUAAAGAAGAGGGUGAAGGCGAAGGUGAAGAAGAAGAUGAUGAAGAGACAACAACUGCUGCAGGAUCAAAAGCAAGUACUGCAGCAGGUAGUACUGUGGCAGAUGGUAGUACUGUGGCAGAUGGAAGCACUGUGGCAGAUGGCAGUACAGCGACAGAUGGCAGCACAAUGACAGAGGGAAGCACCGUGGCAAAUGUUAGCACAAAAGCAGAUGGCAGCACUGUGGCAGAUGGUAGCACAGUCGCUGAUAAAAGCAAUGCAACAACCAAUAGUACAACAGCAGAUAAUAGUACUGUGGCAAAUGCUAGCAUUUCAACAGAAGUUAGCAUUGUAUCAGAAAGUAGCACAGAUUUAGGUAAUAAUAGCACUGAUAAAGAAAAUAGAACAGAGGCAGAAGGCAUUAUUGAGAUAAACAGUAUUAGCACAGUAGCUGGGGAUAUUGUAGACAGUAACACUACAGCAGAGAAUAUCACUGAAGAGGGAGAAGACAAUGAAGCAGAAGAAGACACAGAAGCAGAAGAGGCAGAGACUGAUGAUGAAACAGAAGCUGAUGAGGCAGCAGAGGCUGAGGAUGAUGGAACUGAAGAUGAAACUGGGGGAAAUGAAGAAACUGAUGAAAACGCUGAGGAUGGCGAAGAAGCUGAAGAAGUUGAAGAAGGAGCAUAUGAGGAUAGUAAUGAAGUCCCUAGCACAAAAAAGGUUAGUACUAAAUUAGAAAGUAGCACUACAGAAAGUGGUAGUAACAGUACUGGGGAUGUGAACUCCCCUUUAUCUGAGAAUAGUUCUGUAGCAGAGAUCACAACUGUAGCUGGUGUUACUGCUUCUGGAAAUGAUUCAGAAUCAGGAAAUGUAACAUCUACUGACCAGCCAACUCUACCUACUGAAGAUGAUAUUACUCUUAAUAUAGAUGCAAAAAUAGAAGAAAACACUGAAAAAAUGGAAUCUUUGACAUUAUCUGAUUUUUCACAAAUUAAUCAGACUAGUGUUGAAUUUGAAGAAAAUCUUGACAAUCAAACAGCAAAUAGUUCAACAGGAGGUGUAGUUAAUGAUACUGCGCAGACUGGUGAAGAAUCAGAUAAGACUGAGGGAACAGGUUCAACUAGAUUUUCUAAGUCUUCCAAUGGGAGUGUUACAGUAGUGAAUUUGGAAUACGAAACUGAAAACAAAAGACCUAAAGGAAACCAAUCAAGCCCUGCAGGUGAUUAUUCUGAAACAUAUGGACAAAUUCAAUUAGUAGAUGCAUAUGAAGAAGAUAAUGAAGAUGAAAAGAGCAAAGAUGAUAGUGCAGAUGAAGGAGACCAAGGUGGUGCUCUUGAAAAUUCAGGUUCAGGGGAUGAAGAGGAAGAUGAAGACAUCAUAGAUAAUGAAGGUGUAGAUGAAGAUGACAUAGGGGAAGAAGAUGUGGAUGGAGAGAAGGAAGAUGAAAAUUUAGAUGAAGAAAAUGUUGAUACAGAAGAUGUAGACACAGAAAAUUUAGAUGAAGCAGAUAUAGAUGAUGAAGAUGUAGAUCCAGAAGAUGUAAAUGAAGAAAGUGUAGAUGGGGAAAAAGAUGAACCAAUUACGGAAGAAGUAGAUAGGGAGGAAGAUGAAGAUGUGACAAAAGAGAGUGGAAGAGACUACGCCAAUACCCCUGAUUCAAAUGAGCCUGAGGACGAUUCAGACAUUUUUGAAAUUGAUGAUGAUAAAGUGGUCAGCCCAGAAGAAGCUGACAAAUUGCUUCUUGGAAAUAUUAUUGAAAAGUCUGAAGAUGUUUUUGAUUAUUCUGCUUUUCUGGAAGAAGAAUCAACAACAGAAACAACAACUGAAACUACAACUGUUGCUGGUCCAGUCACAACAACUGAAAAUAUUCCAACAACUGAUGGGUGGCCAUUUUAUCCCCUGAUUAUGAGAGACAACUAUUUUCUUGAUAAAGUAUCCCAAAUAUCUCCAGAGAAUACUACGUUACACGGUUCCGAGGAUUACUAUCUGCUAGCUGAAGCAGAAAAAUCUGAUACAAAGGCUACAAAGACGGAGACAACCUAACUGCAUCAGAUAUUUACUAUUCUAUGGCUGAAGCAGGCUGAAGCAGGCUAAUUUAUGACUUUAAAUAGUCCAAUGAACAUGAUACAUUAAUAACACAAAAACAAAUUAUUAAUAUUCCACAGU